AGUCUGGACCCCUGCUCUCCCACUGAGGAGGGAGUGAGUCUGUUUCCAGCUGGAGUAAAGCAAUUACAAGAGCCCACAAAAAUAUCUGCCUUCAGCAGAGAUACGGGUGGUGCGCCAGGAGGGGGAUAAACUAGUGUGUAUAGUCACGAUUAACGACGCAAAAUAGUUCGUCAUGACCUGAAUCACACCGGAAUUUCUCUGGUGACGUGAAUCGGUUUAUCUUUAUACCAAAGAACCUUUUAUUACCACGCUGUAAGUUUUCAUGCUAGAUGUGAAUGUGUAGACAUUUAUUACGCAGUCUCAGCUUGCAUGUGCAGAAGAGCUAUGUGACACAGAAUGAGACCCAUUGGAAGCGUGUGUCUCCAUCAGUGCCAGUGUUUCUCCAUGAGGUCAGUGACAGACUCCGGCUGCUCCAAAUCAUUGCGCACUCGGCGCGCAAACUGCAUAUAGAUCGUCUGUCUCGACUGUCGUCUAUCAUUGAUGAGCAUCGGAUUGGUAAAGGUGUUUGGACCGGUGUUGUUGUAAAAACGUCGUUUACGCAGCAGGAUUUUCAGCAAGAAUUCAGCACCACAGCUGCGGACAGCUCCCGUUCCCCCUUGACGCGCGUCUGGAUGGCUGGCGCUGGCGUCACUCUGUCGCUUCUCUGAUCCGUUCGGCUCGCGAUGGCAUCACACGGGUUUUGGUUUCUGGGUGCGGAAAAUUCGAGCGAAAGCUCGAGUCAAAACCCCAACAACCCCAGAGCAUGGUGUCAGGCGGCGGCCCAGAAAUUCUCAGGAGGCAUCGGCUCCAAAUUAUGUGCUCUGUUAAAUGUUGGUGAGGCUGAAAAGGUAUCUCAAGCCCCAGUUAAAACAGAAGAUGGGUCAACAGCGGAGAGCUGCGGCUGUAAUAAACCCUGUAACUGCCCAAAAGCCACCUUGUGCUUUUCUGAUCUCUAUUCAACAGAUCUUUUACCUGCACUGAACGGGGACGCGAAAACUAUGAAUUUUCUGCAGGAGGUUGUGGAUAUAUUACUGGCCUAUAUAGUGGAAUCAUUUGACAGGUCAACGAAAGUGAUUGAUUUUCACUAUCCAAAUGAAUUGCUUCAAAGGAAUAAUUGGGAGCUUUCGGACGAACCCGAGACUUUAGAUGAUAUUCUGAUCAGCUGUCGGGCUACAUUAAAAUAUGCCAUCAAAACCGCUCACCCGAGGUAUUUCAAUCAGCUUUCCACUGGAUUAGAUAUGGUUGGCCUCGCUGCAGAUUGGCUAACGUCCACUGCCAACACCAAUAUGUUCACCUAUGAGGUGGCUCCAGUCUUUGUGCUGUUGGAGUAUGUUACGUUGAAGAAGAUGAGGGAGAUCAUUGGCUGGCAGGACGGUCGUGGUGAUGGAAUAUUCUCACCAGGUGGAGCCAUUUCCAACAUGUAUGCCAUGUUACUUGCUCGAUAUAAGAUGUUUCCUGAGGUGAAGGAGAAAGGAAUGUCAUCUGUUCCAAGACUGGUGGCCUUCACAUCUGAACAUAGCCAUUUUUCAAUCAAGAAAGGAGCAGCCGCCCUUGGAAUCGGUACAGAGAGUGUCAUUUGUAUUAAAGCUGAUGAAAGGGGUAAGAUGAUUCCAUCUGACCUUGAAAGGAGGAUCGUCGAAGCCAAGCAGAAGGGAUACGUGCCGUUCUUUGUCAGCGCCACAGCCGGCACCACGGUUUACGGUGCCUUUGAUCCCCUGAUCGCCAUAGCCGACAUCUGUAAGAAGUAUGAUAUCUGGAUGCAUGUGGAUGGAGCAUGGGGUGGUAGUUUGCUGAUGUCCCGUAAACACAGGUGGAAGCUCAAUGGAGUCGAGAGAGCUAAUUCCAUGACUUGGAACCCUCAUAAAAUGAUGGCUGUACCCUUGCAAUGCUCUGCUCUGCUAGUUCGAGAAGAGGGUCUGAUGCAGAGCUGUAACCAGAUGCAGGCCUGUUAUCUCUUCCAGCAGGAUAAGCAUUAUGAUCUGUCUUAUGACACAGGAGACAAGGCCCUACAGUGUGGACGCCACGUGGACAUCUUUAAACUCUGGCUGAUGUGGAGAGCUAAGGGCACUGUUGGUUUUGAAGCUCAGAUUGACAAAUGUCUGGAGCUGUCAGAAUAUCUCUACAACAAGAUCAAGGACAGGGAAGGUUAUCAGAUGGUCUUCGAUGGAAAGCCUCAGCAUACAAACGUGUGUUUCUGGUACCUUCCACCGGGUGUGCGUUACCUGGAGGAUAAAGUGGAGAAAAUGAAACGUCUGCACAAGGUCGCCCCUGUAAUCAAAGCCAGAAUGAUGGAGUAUGGGACCACCAUGGUGAGCUAUCAGCCACAAGGAGACAAGGUCAACUUCUUCCGUAUGGUCAUCUCCAACCCAGCUGCUACCUUUGAGGAUAUUGACUUCCUCAUCGAAGAGAUUGAGCGACUGGGGCAGGACCUUUAAAAACCAAAACUCCUUAUUCUCACGUCCCUGGAUCUCAGUUUGUUGUGAAUGUAACGUAACUUUUUGAUUCCUCUCCUUCAAAGUCAUAUAAAGGUAGUAUGUUUAAAAAAACAACACAUGAAAAGAUGUACAUUUCAGUAUUGUGGAGUUGUUGUGGGCUUCAUGGGCCCUGUAAAAGUGUUACGUCUGCUUUUAAUGUAUAUUUUAAUGUCUUUAAUAUGACUUUGUUUGUUUCUAUGUGUUUAGUGAGAAUACGAAGAGUAUUCAGUGAAGGUCGUAUUUGAGUUAUUGAAAGUACCAGAUGUCAUUGAUAUAUAUAUAAACAUAGACAUAUAUUACUAUAGACACAGAUUUAAGAAAAUCAUUUAAUUUUAACUCAAGCACUUUUACUUUUGCAACCACAGAAAAUGCAUACAUUUUCCACAUUCACAAAAUAUGUUUCUAAGAGACUAAGAUUAUUUAUAAAUAGACUAUUUAUAUUAAAAAUUAAAUCAAAAUUUACACAAGAAGAAACACAAAAUACAGUAAUUAAAAUGCUUGACAGCACUUAGAUAUGAUACGUCUGCACCUUUAUUAAAUAUUACUAUACCACAAAUCGAAUUGAAAUCUUGAACAUAAGUACAACAUAAUUACCAUACCUAAACUCUCAUCAGAGUAUAUCUAGCCUCUUUAACAACAGCAUUUUAAAAAUGUCCAUAAGGUCUCCAAAAUUAAAUACCUGUUUUUUUAUGUAUGGCUUUUCGUUCCUGUCAUCUAGCCGUGAAGACAUCUACAAUGUGUCAGCAUAUUGGCAAAACUUGAUAAUUUAUGUAGAUGCUUUUAUUUAAAGGGACUUAAAGUGCAUUACAGGUAUACAUUGGGUUCAAACCCAUGACGCUACCACUGAGCUGUACAGAAGCACUAUUAACUUUGUUAAUUAACCCAUUUAUAAACAAGAACAAAUUGUAAUGCACAAUAUUUACUGACUAAAUUUUAUUCAGAGAGGUGUAUACAGGUUUCAACUGGAAAUACAUCAACACAGAAAAUAACAUUGAAAAAGCCAUUUUAUUGGGUCUUUAAUUGUGCAAAUGAUUGAUGUCCAUAUUGGUGCUUUUAAAUUGCUGAUAAUCAUUGUGUCAAAUGCCAAAAAAUCAAUAAUUCAGACGUAUCCCUUGGAAAGAAACAAUAGCACAUGUACAAUAUAUGCCAACAUUUGCAGUAUUAGGACUGUAGUAAAAUACUUUCUUAUACCUAAUAAUGGUAACAUUAAUUUACCUAUUCAACCAUAUAUUCAUUUAGCUUUGUUAUACAGACGUAUAGAUUAUUCAGGGUAUUAACAGAGCUAAAAGAAAUAAUACAUAAGCAUAAUUAGGGUUCAUAGUGUGUACAUAGACUUUUAAUGUUCUUGACCAAGUACAUAUCUAUGUGAAUACGUUUAUGUACUGUACAUAAGGCAGAGUCUAUUUGUGUGGUAAAUAACAUUAUUUUCUCUAUUCAAAAAAUAUUGAAUCACAAAAGGUAGAUGCAUUUUGCUCGUGUGUGUGUGUGUCAGAUACAUGAUGUACGUGUUGUAACUGCAAAGAUGUAUGAAAGAUAAAUGCAUUUGAAGCCACUGCAUUUUAAUAUAUUAACUACAAGACAUGUGAGUGGUUACAAAGCCUUUUCUGAACCAAUGCUGGUUGUAUUUGUGCCCAAGUGACAAACUUGACAUCCUGUGCCAAUUUGUAUUUUUGUGUGUUUGUAACUGUAUUGCCUUAGUAUUAAUUGCCAGUAUUGUCUACUGUAGUUCUCCUGAAGAGGAGUUUGUGCACUUUAGCGUAUAUGUAUGAUAAUCUGUCCAAUGGAUGUUCUUAGUUUGAUGUUCAAGAAACUGAGCGUUGUCCGAAUGUGUCCCAGCUUUGACAUCCUUAAAGGGUGAAAGUUAAAAUGUGAUUCUUCAGUUGCUUUAUCGCUGAAUCCUUGCUAAUGCUUUGUUAUAUCCUGUAUCUGUACAGAACAGGAAUACUAAUUUUGAGAUUUAUUUCAGUCCCAUUUCACAAACUGUAUCACUUAAUUUGUGUACUUAUAAUCAUAUAUAAUGCAUUUACAUCCACUUUGGUAGUCUUGAAACGCCCAUUGUGUCGUCUUUUCCGCUGCUGCUACAAAUUCGCUCUCUUUGCACGUGCAUGAACGCCUUGCCUUUUGAUCUUGUGAAAUACAACCCCAUAUACAGUAUAUACAUAUAUAUAUAUUUAGUGUAUCCUGGUGUUAGUCUAGUGGCGAUAUGGAUAGCUUACUGUAGCUUCAAAUAUAGUACUCUGUCGCUAGCUUGCUCACUCUAUAUAAGCAUUACCCAAUGUAUUUAUCUGCUAAGCAAGCAUGUUAUAUGUGGCUCGAACUCGAAGCUGUAUGCUUUCGCGACUGUAUCUCUAUCUUUCUCUCUGUCUUUCGCUUUGGUUGUUAUCCGCAGCUUUACUAUUAGUGUGUGUGAAACUCUGGCAUGCCUCUGUAUAAGCAUAUAUAAAGUCUUGAUGUCUCCGGGUCUCUCUCUAUCGCUCUAUUUUCUCUCUGUGUCUCUCUAACGCUUCGCCCUGUAGCAGCUCUCAAAUGUUUUCCUGUUGUUUCACGACUACCAACCACAUCCAUCCAUCCUUUGUUUCAUGAGGACUUUUUGUGUUUUCAUGAACCCAAUUAAACAGGGUAACACCA